AUGACCUUUCUCUCGUUCGGCUUACCUAUCCUCUCAGCAGGAUUAGGAUUGAUCCCCAUUCUUAUAUUACAUUUUCGAUCAUACCUAUCUUCUUCCCAACGACCCUCUUCCACUGCAUUACCUUCGUUGUUCUUUCCAGCAAUUACGACCCAUGGUCGAUAUCUACCUGUGACAGCUAAAAAUGCGUUCACGUAUUCAGUACUUUACUUGGGCGUUGAUAUCGAUUCGUUAGAAUCUGGUUCACUGGAUUUACCAUUCAACGUAGUGAAAUACGGUGGGAAUCCAUUGACUAAGUUGAUUGGAUUAAGAUCAAGGAAUUACCUUUCAGAUGGGGAUCAAGGAUUUAGAGUGAAAUUGGAGAAUUUGUUGGACAAAUAUGGAAUAGAAAAGGAUGAUAUAGGCAAAGUUUGGUUGGUCACGCUACCUAGUUUAGCAGGUUGGGAAGGUCCAAAUCCAUUAUCAACUUGGUUCAUAUAUCGAAAGACAAAAGAUGAAAAAAUCGGAGAUCUCUUAUGUGUUGUGUUGGAAGUACACAGUACUUUUGGUGAAUCACACUCGUAUGUAUUGAAAAACACUUCCGAGUAUCGUCAGGAUCCAGCACCAGGCUAUGAUCUUGCCUUCAAGAUACCCCGAUCAUUUCACGUUUCACCUUUCAAUUCUAGAGAUGGAUAUUACAGAGUUGACUUAAUGAAUCCAUUCCCUGAUCCUGAUCCCUCUCUCUAUCAAUUGAACACUCCCAAAUUCAAGAUAUUCCUUAAAUUGUUUACCUCAGAAGAUCAGCAUAAAUUAACCGCAACAUUAUCAUCUGGACCAUCACCUCCUAUCCCUUUAGAACCUUAUUUCAUCCCUCAAAUACUAUCCACUUUGAUCAAAUGGCCAUUCACCUUGAUGUCAGUGACUUUCCGGACUUAUGUUCAAGCUUACAAACUUCACUAUGUCAAGAAAUUAGCUUUGUUUCCUAGACCUGAACCGUCAAGUGAAACUUCUCAUCAAGUCUUCAAUCCCCCUUCGGUAGAUAGAGAGAAAAUAGGAAGGGGAUUGCAAAGACAGCCUCCUUCUUGGACCGAAAACAAAGCGAGAAAAUUGUUCGAGAAAUGGGCCGAGAAACGAGUGAAAGAUUCAGGAAUUGAUCUGGAAAUCAGUUUUGGAAAUGGUAGACAAGGAUUAUCCAUACCUUACACAGCUAAUUUAGAAAAAGAAUCCGGCGGUCAUUCGAAUGGACGUAAAUAUCGAUCGGAACUCAGGAUAAAGUCAUCUGAUCCUACGUUCUUCACCAAUCUUCUCGUUUCACCUUCUCCACGACACUCUCUUAUCUUAUUUCCGGAACAAUCAACAACCGUCUCUUCAUCUGAUACAUUCCUCCAAUUCUUGUCUUGUCCUACUAUAAUCACUACCGAUACCACAACGUCAUUCACAUCUUCAAGACGCAUAAAACACUUUCUUCAUCUCUACGCGAGUUCAGUUUACGCACCACCACCUUCGAUACCACCGAUCCUAUCUCUUCCUGCGCAUUUCACGCAAAACGCAUAUUUCUCUUUCAGGGAUAGGUUGGAUGUAGCGAGAGUAGUGUUUUGGUACACAUUCGGAGAAUCUAUAGAGGAGAGUUUGUUUAACGGUCUAGGUGUCAGUUUCGUUCAAGGUCAAGAACCGUGGAAGAUAUGGGAAAGGGGUUUGAAGAGAUUGUGGGGAAUAGAUACCAUUGCAGUGGACAAAUUAGGUAGUUAUCAAAUCCAAUAG